AUGCCUCUUAUCCUAAUCUUAAUUUCGGCGUCGACGGCUUUAGCGGGGUAUUUUAUUUGGGCCUUCAAACGUAGGCGGUAUUGGCAGGAACGCGCUGUGCCUGGGCCAAGAGGUGCCUUCCCCUUCGGGAUGAUCAUGGAGGUGAUGGACCCAGGGAUUCCAUGGAUGUAUAAAUUGACCGAGUAUACAAAAAAGUUUGGGAAGAUCUGGGGCUACCAAGAGGGGAUGCACAAUGUGCUGGUCGUUGCCGACCUCCAGCUCAGCAAUGAGAUUCUGCAUCGACGCUUUGAGGAAUUCCCAGAGCGAAAAGUGAACCACUUGAUCAAGCGCCGCCCUGCCGCUCCUCGUGUCCACCUUGCCGAAGCCUGGGGCCAAAGGUGGAAGCGGCUGCGCACGAUCGUAUCGCCUCAAUUUUCGAAUAACUCCUUGAAAAAGGUCCUCCCAAUCAUCAACGACUCCUCCCGCCACCUUGCCGCCCACGUCGGCAAGCAUGUCGAUCAAAAAUCGAUCAAUAUUCAUCGUUACUACCAAGAGUACACAAUGGACGUGAUAGCUCGAAUUGCGAUGGGCGUCAAGGAGAGCCAACAAUGGAACAGUCAAUAUCCCGAUAUUCUGCGAGCGAUUUUCGAGCGAGACAUGCGGGAUCCGAUCUUCCUCCUCGCCACCAUAGCACCAUUGAUGAAAUCGAUUCUACAUCCAAUCUUUAUGAAGCUGUCCAAGCUGAUGAAGCUUCCGGUCAGCGUCCUGUUUGAGCAGAUCGAGAAGGCGGUGGCGGAGCGCAAGAAGUUGAGGGACUCCGGCACGUUCAGCAGCAACGACUUUAUCGACCUGUUCCUCGACGCUGAGGCCAGCAGCAUCGACCAUUCCAAGGAGGGCGUUUAUGACAGACGCGAUAUUCACGUAAGUUUGCUCGGUACUGUUCUACUCCGCGGGGUGGGCACUCCA